AUGCGUCCAAAUCCAACAGAUGAUUCACGCGGCCCUGACUGUUUACGUUUGAAGUCACUGGAAUUGCGCCAAAGGCCACUACAGGUCAUGCCCGAAACCAUUAUCUUCCCAUUAAUAUUUACUGGAAUGGAAAAUGAUAUUGACGUGGAGGCGACCAUAGAAUUCGGUGGCACAACUGGACAAUCGGGUGCGAUUCGCUGGGGUAUUUCAUGGGGUCUUCGAAGUUUUGUAGAUAGCCGGAUGAUCGCAAAAAUGAAAGAUUGUCGUCAGCAGAUUCAUAGCAUUUCUCAAAGUCCGCCACCUAUAAUCAUAAAGUCGAAAAGCUCGCAUACCUUCGAAAAUGCUAAAAUAAAAGAGAUGCACAUGUUGUCUUCACCUACUAAUGACAGAAGCCAAAGGAAUUAUUCAGCAAGUCAUGUACCUGAUCAGAUACAAAAAGGCAAUUCAAUCUUUUCCAGACUAAGGAAAGCUUUCAAAUCUGCAAAAUCACCACGAAAAAUGCAUUCUCAAACAAUUAGCAUCACAGAAACGAAUCGUUCUGAACAAAUACAAAUAAAUGUUGGAGCCCCACCACCUGUAGACGAGUCCUUUUUCUUCGAAAACCUUGGACGUCUAAAAGACGUAGAAAUUGAUGCAAAUAAAAUAAUGAAUCUUAUAUUAUCGAACACGGUGAGGGACGCAGAAAUAAAAAUACUCACAGAUAUGGAGAAUGGUAACGUGCCAGAAAGGAAUGGAAUUCUCUUUCCAGACGUUGACUAUAAAUUCAGGAGUAUUGCGUUCGCCUUUGCUUGUUUUCGGGGUUUAUCACACCUUUUACCCCGACUAGAAGCCUCUGGAGUAGACAUAAAUAGUACCGACUUUGGAGAUGCAACUCCAGUCAUGUAUGCUGCUUUUGCUGGGGAAAUUGCUUGUCUAAAAUACCUAAUUGAGAGAGGCGCAAAUGUGAAUUACAUCAGUCCUCGUUUUGGCCAUUGUGCUUUGCACUCAGCUGCAGCUGGAAACCGUCCUGAAACUGCCGAAAUUCUUUUGGAUAAUGGUUGUGACUUGAAUAAUUUGUCAAAGAACCCAGACAUGAUACCACUUUUACACCACGCUAUUAGAAUAAAGUCAGAAGCAGUUGCAGAAUUAUUACUCGAGCGAGGAGUUGACCCUACAUAUAAAAACGUCACUGGAGAAACUCCCCUGCAUGUAGCUUGUAGUGCCCAAUCGGUAAAAUGUUGUGAACUCUUAUUACAGAAACCUGAAGUUGAUGUAAAUGCAUUGGACGAAAUGAAUAGGACUCCACUGCAUAACGCCGUAAUGGCUCCUGGCUCAAACAUUACAAUAGUAGAGCUCUUACUGAAACAUGGUGCGAGGGUUAAUCCAAUAGACAAAACAGGGUUUUCGCCUCUUCAUGUUGCAGCUUUAGAGGAGCAUGCUGAGUGCGUUGAAAUGCUUAUUAGGAAUGGUGCUGACGUGAGUGCAACGACUAGCAAAGGAGUGUCAGCCUUAAAUAUUAUUCUUCGAAAAAUACCAGAAUCUCUUCAAGAGUUUCGAAUGAAGAUGGAUUCUUCUAUAAAGUUGAAACGGCCAGGUAAUAAAAACAGGGAAUUUGAGAUGAGAUUUGAUUUCGCUUCUCUUCUUCCAAGUGAUGGCAAACCCGAAACUAGUUUCAUCAACACUUUUAUGCAGGAGAAUCUGACAGAUCUUUUAUCUCAUCCUCUAGUCUCGGCAUUUCUCUAUCUAAAGUGGGAAAGGAUUAAAAAGUUUUACCUUCUCAAUAUUUUUGCCUAUACGCUCAUGCUGAUCGUCAUGAGUACUUAUGUAUUAACGGCUCUAGCUUAUCAGUGCUAUAAUUCAAAUGAAGAAAAUGUUAUUAGUAAUAAUGGUACAAAUAAAAUUUGUUAUUACUUUGAUAAACGGGUUGUGGAAUUUGAAUGGUACAUCUGGUUGGCUUUUGUUUGUUUGAUGAUACCGAGAAAGAUUCUGAGUUUCAUAACGCAUAAGAACUGUAAGGAGUACAUCUGGAAUAUAGACAACAUUCUGGAUACAAUAGUUAUAGUGAGCGUAUUCGCUACAUCUUAUGUUUAUACAGGAAAAACUUAUCACUGGCAGAAGUAUAUGGGUGCUUUUUCUAUUCUUUGCGCUUGGACAAACUUGAUGUUCAUGAUUGGUCAACUGCCAGGAUUUGGGACUUAUGUUGCGAUGUUUACUCAUAUUCAAUUUGAAUUUGCAAAACUUUUGUUUGCUUAUUCAGGACUACUAAUUGGAUUCACUUUGAGCUUCUGUGUGAUCUUCGAUAGAGAACCUGCUUUUGCAAAUCUUUUAACGGGUAUGAUUAAAAUUCUAACGAUGAUGGCUGGAGAGCUUGACUUUGAGGGACUUGUAAACCAUCCAGAAGGGAAUAAAAGUGGUUAUGUUAUUGUUUAUCAUCAUCUGUCUGUUUGUUCGCAAAUUCUUUUUAGCCUGUUUGUUAUUUUUAUAGUUGUUAUUUUAAUGAAUUUGUUGGUUGGUAUAGCUGUGCAUGAUAUAAAAGGUUUACUAAAUCAGGCAGGUCUUACUAAACUCAUCCGAACGACGAAACUGAUAGUCUACAUGGAAAUGGCAGAAAGUCAUAUGAAACUUUCUUUAUUUCUUAAAAGAUUAAUGUCCAAUAAAACAGACACUCAAAUUCGAAAGCAUAUUCUUCUAGUAAAACCAUUGAAUCCGCUUGAAAAAAGGCUUCCUGGAGAAAUUCUUAAAGCAGCGUAUGAAAUUGCUCAAAAAAAUAGUCCGAUUUUAGACGAUGAAUAUCCAGAAUGUACCAAUUCCGUUUCUUAUAUCCCAAAAAAGAAAGAAGAAGAUACGGAUACUACUUUAGAAACUGCGGUUGAUAAACUUACUUUGCAGUUUAAAAUCAACACUGUUCAAGUUCUUGAGGUCAUGGAUGAGUUACGCGAAACUAAAAGAAUGUUGGAAGAAAUGGUAUCAAAAUUAUCGUGA